AUGGCAUUCAGAGAAUCGUUUCAUCGCAUGGUCCUUGUUUCCUGCGUUUUGGCUAGUGUAACAUCCGCAAGGCAACUCUCCAGCUCCGGCAAACCAGGCCACAUACUCGAUGAUAAUCGAGGCUUUGCCGAGUGCUGGACCGCACUAAAUGAGCUGAAAUCGUGCACCGAUGAGAUUAUUCUGUUCUUGGUUAAUGGUCACACUGAUAUCGACUCCCAAUGUUGUCGUUCGAUCGAGAUUGUCACCCGUAAUUGUUGGCCUGCCAUGCUCACAUCCCUUGGUUUCACAUACGAGGAAAGAAACAUUCUCAGAGGCUACUGUGAUGCAUCCUGUCCUGGACCUGCUGCUGCACCAACUCUUGCUGCCUCCCCCGUUAGUCCAGUGGCUGCAGUUAAAGAAUCGGCAUUUGGAAUGUUCCGAGUUUUUACGUAUUUUCUUGAUGCAACGGUUUGA